AGCUUUUUUUGAUUCCUCGAGUUACCCAGAUGUCAAGCAUGUCUGCCCAGAUGGCGGCCCGCCAUAAUCAAGUUGGAAUCAAGAUGGCGGCGCUUGGGGCGGCAACAAUCUUCGCAGCCUCCCUGUUACCUCGUACAGGAGCCUUUGUGGCUUUGCCUCCGGUUUCUCGAACAGGGCAAAGGCUGCCAGAGAUGAACUUUCCAAAGCCGUCUUCAUCUGCUCCAAGUGGAAUUCUCUCCGCAACGGCCGCCACAGCUGCGUUUGCGGCUAUUUUUGCUGCCAGGAUGGGCUUUGCUGCCGCCGUGCCCGUUAGGGGCGCACGCCGCUCAGAGAAGGUCGUGCGUGCCGCAGGCACUUGGAGCGUCAGCUCCAGCGGAGGCAUCACAUCCAGCAGCUCAUCCUUCCUUGGCUCAUCCAUGGCCGGAUCAGUGACAGGGCCUGUGGCGACUCCUUCGAACAGCUCAGGGUCUGGCCUUUCGUCAAUGUCAAUGAUGUUUGAGCGAUUCAAUGAGAAAGCCAUCAAGGCUGUGAUGAUGGCACAGGAGGAGUCACGCCGUCUUGGCCACAACUAUGUUGGAACUGAGAUGCUCUUGGUGGGUGUUGUGGCCGACACCAGUGGGCCAUCCGGAAAAGUCCUGAAGAAGUUCAACGUGACAAUCAAGGAAACCCGCAAAACGAUGGAAGAGAUGGUCGGGCGCGGAACUGGCAUGGUCUCAGUGGAGAUCCCUUUCACCCCAGCAGCGAAGCGUGUGCUGGGCGAUGGGGUGGAAGAGGCAAAAAGACUCAACGCAAACACCAUCGAUACUGCUCACAUCUUGCUGGCCCUCCUCAAAGAGGACAAUGGAAAUGCUGUCAAGAUUUUGGAGAAGUUGGGUGUUGAUCCAUCGAAGAUGCCAGAAGAGAUUAUCAAGGA